AUGGGCAGUCAUGAAGUUCUUGUUUUGCAAGGCAAAGGAGCAGCGGAAAUCCAUGGAGAGAUGAAGGAAGUCUUGAAGGAUGGCUGCUCAUCUUUCUCCAUGGUGAAAAUCUUGUUGUCAAGGUUUCAGACUGGUCACUUUGAGGUCAUAGUCGAACGGCCAACUUCUGCGACCACAGAGAACAAAGCUGAUGCUGUGCAUGUCAAGAUCCUGAAGGACCACAGGAGUUCACCUAAAGUCAUAGAUGAGACUCCAGGGAUUUCCUGCAAAAGAAUUGGCCACAUCAUCCCCAACAUUCUGGACAAGAGAAAGCUUUCUGCAAAAUGGGUGCUGGACUGUCUGAACACGGGUCAGAAACGCAUCAGAGUGACGACAUCAAAGGUGACUUUGGACUGGUUUGCAGCAGGAGAGGCUGAUUUUAUGGCUCGUUUAGUGACCAUGGGUGAAACUUGGCUUCAUAAGUAG